AUGUCCGUCACACUCCACACCACCCAAGGAGACCUCAAGGUCGAGCUUUUCUGCGAAGCCGUCCCCAAAACCGCAGAAAACUUCAUCGCCCUCUGCGCAAGCGGCGCAUACAACGAUACCCCCUUCCACCGCCUAAUCCCAGGCUUCAUGAUCCAAGGCGGCGACAUCUCCCUCGGCCCCGCCGUAUCCUCCACCUCCAACAGCAACAAACCCGCCCUCCCCUUCCACGACAUCCCCAAAGGCGGCACCUCCAUCCACCACCCCAGCGCCCUCAACCAAGAAAUCCACCUCCCCGCCCUCCGACAUAACACGCGCGGCAUGCUCUCCAUGGCUGCGCGGCCUGUGAAAGACCGCACCGCGCCGGGGUCGCAGAACGCGACCGGCGCGUCCAUCAACGGGAGUCAGUUCUUUAUUACCUUUGCGGCGGCGCCGCAUUUGGAUGGCGCGAGUACGGUUUUUGGGAAGGUGUUGAAUCUGGAGGCGCAGGAUGAGGGCGGUGAUGUGCUUGGGAGGUUGGAGAAGGCGAAUGUGAAGGUUGAUAAGAAGGGGAGGGUGGUGCAGCCGAAGGAGGGGGAUGAGUUUGAGCCUUUAAGGAUUAAGAGUGUGACGGUUCAUGCGAAUCCGUUUGCGGGGUGA